GUUAUCAAAAAAACAAACGUCGAAACGUCACUUGAAUUAAAAUAUCGCCAUUUUGUAAGGUAUCACAAGCCAAAGAUUAGAAAAGAAACGAGGUUUUCUUAUCAAAGUGAAGAAUUAUUUCUGUAAAUUCGUAUAUUUUAUUGCCUCUAGGCCGAAAAAUAGUUAGUUUUAGGUGAGUGUUUCACGACAUAUACCCCUUUGUACGACUACAACAUGGCUUCUACUUGAAACAUUGGUGGAUGAACGAUUUAUUGACAAAAUAGGUCGAAAUGAGUGUGAUAAUAAGACUUCAGAACUUACCAUGGUCUGCCAACGCUUUAGACAUUCGACAAUACUUUCAUGGACUUAGUAUACCAGAAGGAGGAGUACAUAUCGUGGGCGGAGAACUGGGGGAUGCCUUUAUUGCGUUCAGUACUGACGAAGAUGCUCGACAAGCCUAUUUACGAAACAAUGGAAAAAUCAAAGAAGUCCAAAUCAGCCUUAUGCUCAGUUCACGUACCGAAAUGCAACGGAUCAUCGAACAUGCCCGUUCGCAAUCCUACGCAGCAUUUAUGCAGCCUGUCGCCACCGUCGUUCCAAUGCCUGCAGUGGUGCCAGCCGUGAUUCCUCCCCAGGUGGCAGAUAUAAGAAAAGUAGAUACCAAAGAGAAGGAUAGAAGAGACACUCGAAGAAAAUCCCGCUCCAAGUCUAGAGAUAGGAAAGAACGUUCCAGGGAUCGUUCGAGAGACAGAUCUAGGGAUAGAUCUAGAGAACGAAGGGAAAGAAGGCAUCGAAGAAGUAGAUCUAGGUCGAGAGAUCGGAAAUCGAGUCGACGUAGAAGCCGUAGUAGAGGAAGGUCUCGUUCUAGAGAGCGCAGAAGUAAAGACUACAGAAAACGUUCCGAAGACAGGUUAUCUCUGACAAGUCAGGAGUCUAGGUCUGUCAUUCCUGACGUAUACCAAAAAAGAUUGUCUGAUUUUUCCCCCGCAGGCCAACCUGCUAAAAUUCCUGGUAAUUUCCCGAUAUCCAGUCGAGGUUUUAGCGACCAAGGACCUGAUAACGGUAUGCCAGUAUCUUCAUUGCCCAGAAGUAAUAACUGGCCACCGAAUAAAAGCAAUGAUUCGUCCUUUCCAAGUAGAGAUCGUCCCUUCAACCCAAGAGAUCGAGAUCGAGAUUCCCAAGAAGGUCGAUUCGAGGGCAGAUACAGCAAAAGCUUUCCAAACUACAGGAACAAAUUGGACAUGGCCGGUACUAACUCCAGCGUUGCACUGGAGCCUUACUACGGAGGUUACGGGGAGAUAAGAAGAUUCUUCCAAGGCAUGUUCAUCAGCGGCAGUGGGAUCAAGUUCAUCAACGAUCCAGACGGCCGUAGUACCGGGAUCGUACUCGUACGAUUCGCCAAUCAACGGUUCAAAGAAGACGCCUUGCUUCUUAGCGGGGAACCCCUUAACGGCGUGGCAGUCAGCGUGUCGCAUAUCAGUGACAAGGAGUUCGAUGAAGCUAUAGAUAGGUACAUUCCAAGGAAGUUGGGGGACAAUGGUGACGUAGUACCUUUUAAAGGUAGAAACAUUACGAAAUACUUCAACAAUUCCUCCAACGAAGAAAUCAAAAACUACACUUGUCUUACAAUCGACGAUUUACCUAACUAUUGUACAGAACAGGAUAUUCUUCAUAUGUUUUCCAACCAUACUUUGAUCAGUUUGAUCCGCACUUCGAAGAAAAAAGGAGGCUCCAUUGCUUACGCUAAAUUUAUGAACUCAGAAAGCGCGCGAAACGCCUACGAGGAGAAGAACCUCCAUGUUAUUGCCGGUAAACCUGUCACUGUUAAACCUUGCAAAGAUGAACAGUUUGAUGAAGUCAACAAGCAACACGAAGUCCGUUCAGUGUCCGAAAAAGUGAGAGAUAUAGGAACAGACUGCUUAAAGUUAUCGAAACUACCAGAAAAAAUAAAUGAUAACGACAUAUCAGACUUCUUUUCGGACAUUGGAAUCAUUCCUACAGAAAUACACCUAGUAAGCAACGAAAAAGGUUUCACUGGAGAAGCUUAUUGCGAAUUUGCUACCGGCGAAGAAGCCUCUCGUGCUGCCAAAAAGGACGGAACGUCUUUAGGAAACACUUCAGUGUCUGUGGUUCCAGUUAAGCGAGUAGAUAUGAAGAGAUUUUUGGACUCUACAACUCCGGCUCCACCUUCAAAGUCAGUUGAAAUAAUAGAAGAUACUUUGGAACCAGAGAACGGCGGUCCUGAUGAAGUGAUUCCAGUGACAACUCCUAUGAACAAUGCUCCAACUGAAGUGAAUCCUUUCGUAGGAUCCAACAACCUGAGACCUCCGUUUCCCUUGCGUCAAUUUGAUCCAAGAGGUCCUAGGUUUGAACCUCGAGGUAUGGCGCCUAGACCACCGCCUAGAUAUCCCCCACCUAAGGACAUUUUUGACGACGUUCCUCCAGGAUGUACGGUGUAUUUAAAGAACGUUCCAUACAAAGCAGACUCAGACGACAUUAUCAAAUUCUUCGAGGGGUACGAUCACCAGCAUAACGUUAGUAGGAGAUACACGGCUAAUAAUCUACCAAGUGACGAGGCUAGGAUUAUUUUUUCUAGUGCGGAAGAGGCUGCAAGGGCUGUUAGAGAGUUGCAGACGGAGAAAAUUUGGGAUAGGCAGAUAUUUCUAAGGCAAGAGUAAAUAAAGAGUUUUAUGUAAUUUUAUACAAGAAAAUAUAUAUAGUUUCACGUGUAAAUAUAUGAUCUACCUAA